UCAUUUGCAUUUUGCACUUUUGCAGUUUGUUAGUAAAAUAAGCAUUAGUUCUCAAAAGUGAAUAAUUUUUUUGUAGGAUAUUACUGUAAUUGGACUUUAUCUUUGUUAUUCUAUCAAAUAUCUUUUUUAUAUUUCGAGUAUGCUAAUUGAGAGAGUGCACGGUCUUCAGGCCACGAGCAUUAGUCUCAAUGAUCGUUUCACUAUUUUGGCGGCUACGGCACCGAUUGCUCGAGUUACAAGACCCCGACGCGGGGGAUUUCACAAUGUGAAUAACAGAAAUGUAGUCGACCAACUAGCGUACCGGAUAGGACAACAAAACAAGCGGAGGGCAAUGCAGCAAAGGAUGGGCACGCCUGGGCUGAGACGUUACGGUAGCACUGGUAGUCUGCCUGGUCUUCGCCGCUCAAACAGCUUGGGAAACUUAAGCCAAAGAAGCGUAAAACAAGGCUGGAGGCAGUCAAACAAUAACCUAAGCCGUUCAGCAUCUUUCAGUAGUCUCUCGCAAGGGUUUUGGCGUGGUCGAGGUUUCCGUCGUCGCGGUGGCCGCAUGGGACUAAUGAGAGGACGAAUGAGGCUCCGGGGUGGACGUCAGCAGUUCGUCCCUCGAAUGUGGCAACGCAGAGGCGCCCUACGGGGUGCAGGAGGUACUGGGCCCAGGGCCAGAGGAGCACAAAUAGGAGGUCGAGGUAGAGGCGCUGUAAGAGGACGAGGAGCAGUGACUAAGCAACAGACGAAACCUGUACCCACUAAAGAGGAGCUUGACCUUCAGCUCGACCAGUACAUGGCCAGCACCAAAUCCGCUCUCGACAAGGAGCUAGAGGCGUACAUGAAUAACGCCAUGGAAAUGGAAUAGUAUUCUCACGUUGUACAUCUGACAUGACAUUUCCUCAAUCAUCGGUCACAUACUAAACUGACUGACUUUGUAAUAAAUAAAUUAUCACGUAGAAUCUACUUCAGCAAAUACUAUACGAGUGAUGGCUUCUAUUUUACAAACUUUCAUCAUAUGAUAAUCAUAUUAAUAUGAUGGUGCAUUUGAUUGUUGCACUGGAAGAUUUCAGCAGCACAAUUUGUUGUGAGAAUUGUACAAUGAUACGACUCCGUUAUAUCUGGGCCCGUACCACGAAACAAUUUUGAG